AUGCUGCUGAGAAACUUACAUCCACCUAAACUGUGUAAUGGAACGCGUCUCCGUAUCCGCAGUCUUCAUCGAAACAUCAUUGAAGCAGAGAUUCUCACGGGUUGUGGGGCUGGGGAAUUGGUAUUCAUCCCAAGAAUUCCACUAAUUCCUAGCAACUACCCGUUUGAGUUCAAGCGGAUACAGUUCCCUGUCACAGUUUGUUUCGCCAUGUCCAUUAAUAAGUCGCAAGGCCAGACGUUGUCCACAGCCGGGGUGGAACUGAGCGGAUCAGCAUGCUUCUCUCACGGACAAUUGUACGUUAGGGUGGAAUGA